AUGAAGAUCCUCACCAAAGAACAAGAACGCGAACACUACAAUGCCGUGCUCUACGGCGGUGCGGUUGGCGGCACUGUCGGCCUCGCAGCCGGCCUUGCUGGUGUUGCACUCGCUCAACGUCGUUACCAUUUCUUUCGGAAUCUCACCCUCCCAUUAAAAGCAUUUCUAGUCACCUCCAGUGGUACUUUUGCUGGCAUUGUCAACGCAGAUCAUUACUCCAGAAAAUAUGAGAGCGAAUCCAAUCCUCUAGAUGUGGAAUACAGGCGACGAGAAUCUCAGAAACUGGAGGCCGACCGAGCAGGCAAGACAUUCACCGAGCGAGCCAUGGACUUUGGCCGCCGGGAACGAUAUAAAAUUGUCGGUGCAAGCUGGAUUGCAUCUAUGGCUGCGGCGUUCGCCAUUGUCAAUCGGAAUAAAUACCUGUCAGGACCACAGAAGAUUGUUCAGGCAAGAGUAUACGCACAGUUCUUGACGGUCGGCGUUCUCGUGGCCACUGCAGCCUUUGAGAUCUCAGACUCCCGGAAUGCAAAGGGCCGAUACGAGACUGUGAGAUACCUCGACCCCAGUGAUCCAGAGCACAAGCGAUACCUAGAAAAGCAGGUUGAGCGCGAGGUAGGCAGCCAAGGCAACCAACCUGGCUCCGAUGAUCUGUGGAAGGAUAUGGUCGCCGCAGAGGAGCAGAGGAUCAAGGAGCGCGAAGAGAGACAUAAGGAAUUGGAGAAGCAGCACCACAAGAGGAAUGGUAAGAAGUCUGAGAAGAAGCAGGAGAAAUCCCAAGACAAGAAGGAGGACGAAUAG